AUGUCAACUAUUCCUCUACAACAUCAACAACAAUUUUACUCCAGAACUUCGGGGCCUCAGUCACAUCAAAUAGCAGGGCCAGAGUUUUACGAGUCUCAGUCACUCGCAGGCUCCCCAUAUUCGAGCUUAGACGGUCGAGAAACACCGCUUGAUGGCACUAAUGCUAUAAACGUUGCUUUGGACUUGCCUCCAGACUUGAAACAGCACGAGGGCUCUGAGCAGCAUACAUAUAGUGCAGAUUCUGCUCAAACUCUACCGAUGGCAACCCAGCCGGCCCCCCCUGGCGGGUCCAGUCAACUAGGUAUGCAGACCACGGAACAGAGUGGUGAACAGCCAUUUUAUGUGAACGCAAAACAAUACCACAGAAUACUGAAACGCCGAGUCGCAAGAGCACGUCUAGAAGAGAGCUUGAAGGUAGCUCGGUGUAGAAAACCUUAUUUGCAUGAAUCAAGACAUAAACACGCGAUGAGGCGGCCAAGGGGUCAAGGUGGAAGGUUUUUAACCGCUGCUGAAAUCGCUGAGAGAGAAAGACAGAAACAGCAGGAGGAACUUCAACAACAAGAACCAAAAGACGAUACUUCUUUAGAGAAGUGA